AUGCCGGACCCGGCACAAAUCAACCGUUCGCUAGGGACCAUCAAGACGGAACUCGAGUACCUUGCCAACUCUGGUGUUUUGUCACCGCCACAGUUACAAUCUAUCCAGGCGCAGUUACCCCAACCGAACGGACAGCCGUCUCAGUAUAUUGAUCCGAAAUAUGUGAAUGGAGGGAAUCAGUUUAAUCCCGCCAUUAUUGCGCAGCAAGCGCAGGAUCCGGCGCAUCCGGCGAAUCCGAAUCAUCCAAAGCACCACGAAUGGGCUUCCAAAUUGGCGCAUAAAUUCGGUAACGCGGCUGUGUACGGUGCUGGAGCGACCUUUGGCGCGGAUUUGGUUAAUGAUGCUAUGAGGAAAUUCUAA